CGCGGAUCUUGGAAGGAGGGCGGGGAAGAGGAGGAGCUGCCAGGCGCGUGCGCAGUAUGUGUGGCUGGGGAAGCCUUGUGGAGGUCAGAGUAGAAGCAGGUGUGAGCUGGCCCAGCAGAAGGAGACAUGGCUGCCAAGCUGUUUGAAUCCAUCGGCAAGUUUGGCCUGGCCCUGGCCGUGGCGGGAGGCGUGGUGAACUCGGCCUUGUACAAUGUGGACGCCGGGCACAGAGCGGUCAUCUUCGACCGGUUCCGCGGCGUGCAGGACAUCGUGGUGGGCGAGGGGACGCACUUCCUCAUCCCCUGGGUGCAGAAACCCAUCAUCUUCGACUGCCGCUCCCGGCCCCGCAACGUGCCAGUCAUCACAGGGAGCAAAGAUUUACAGAACGUCAACAUCACCCUGCGAAUCCUCUUCCGCCCGGUCGCCAGCCAGCUGCCCCGCAUCUUCACCAGCAUCGGGGAGGACUACGACGAGCGCGUGCUGCCGUCCAUCACCACCGAGAUCCUCAAGUCCGUGGUGGCUCGCUUUGACGCCGGAGAACUCAUCACCCAGAGAGAGCUGGUCUCCAGGCAGGUGAGCGACGACCUCACAGAGCGAGCCGCCACCUUCGGGCUCAUCCUGGACGACGUGUCCCUGACGCAUCUGACCUUCGGGAAGGAGUUCACAGAAGCAGUAGAAGCCAAACAGGUGGCCCAGCAGGAAGCGGAAAGGGCCAGGUUCGUGGUGGAAAAGGCCGAGCAGCAGAAGAAGGCAGCCAUCAUCUCUGCGGAGGGUGAUUCCAAAGCCGCCGAGCUGAUCGCAAACUCGCUCGCUACGGCGGGCGACGGGCUGAUCGAGCUGCGCAAGCUGGAAGCCGCCGAGGACAUCGCCUACCAGCUGUCCCGCUCUCGGAACAUCACCUACCUGCCGGCCGGGCAGUCGGUGCUCCUGCAGCUUCCCCAGUGAGGCCUGCCCUGCCCGCGGCCCGGGGCCCGGCCCCGAGGAUUCUAACAUCGCACUCCUUCCGCCCCCACCCCAGAAUCACUGUGAGAUUUCAUGAUUGGCUUAACGUGGAGGAAAUAAAAGUAAAAUCACUUCAGAUCUCUAA